AAUAUAACCUUACUUUAUUUCUACAAGAUUUGCACUGAAACUGCUAAAAGUUUGUGAGGCUCUGCUGCUUUCUGUGGUGCUGUUUGGUUGUUUUUAGGAGAAAAUGUUUCUAUGAAAAACAAGGAAAAUGUUUACUACGAAAGUUUUCAUCAAGAAAACAAGAAUAGGAAAUUUCCUCAAGAACGUGAGAGAACACUAUAUUCGUGAUGAUAUAUUCUGUGGUGUACCGUCUUGUGAUAAAUGUACCCCCGUGGAAUCAUUCUUGUCAUCAAUCCAUAAGAAUGAAUGUUCCUCAUAUGAUUUCAACCACUAUCUCAUAUUGGAUACAAAUGUGAUUUUAGAUCAGAUGGAUGUAUUGGAUGAAGAUGUUAUAGGAAAUGUAAUCAUCCUUCAUACUGUGUUGAAAGAAGUCAAACACAGAAGUUUGCCUAUUUAUAAGAGACUUCACAGCAUAAUAGAGAACCCUAGUAGGCAUUUUUAUGUAUUCACAAAUGAUCACCAUAAAGACACAUAUAUCAAACAAAAUGAUGGUGAAUUAGUAAAUGAUUACAAUGAUAGAUCUAUUAGAAAGAGUUGUUUGUGGUACAUGGAUCAUUUGCCCAAGGAAAAGUUCAUUUUUUUGAGUGAUGAUGUGAACAAUAGAAACAUAGCAUUAGAAGAGGGAAUUCUAGCCUGUUCAAUUAGAGAAUAUGUUUCUCACCUCGUUAAUGGCGCUGCAUUAGAAGACAAAUUAUCUAGAAAAGAUUAUCACAUUGACAGCAAUACAAAAGAUGUUUUCCCCCCACAUCUAACAAAUGUUGAAUUGUUGAAUGGAAUCAAAGAGGGAGCAUUAUAUCAAGGCACUUUCAGGGCUUCUAGAGAUAAUUUCCUUGAAGGAUUUGUCAAUGUAGAGUCACUCGAUGACCCUGUGAUUGUACAAGGUAGGACAGGUCUAAAUAGAGCUGUGGACGGUGAUUUUGUUGUGGUAAAUUUGUUCAACAAAGAAGACUGGAUAUCACCAAGUGAGAUAGUCUUAGAAGACGACGGAGUAGCGGAAGAAAAUAUUGACGAAGUCGAGAAAAAAGAACGCCAGCUCAAAAAGUCGGCUCACAAAAAAAAGGGGGAGAUCAAGCCGACUGGGCGAGUGGUGGGGAUAAUCAGAAGGAAAUGGAGGCAGUAUUGUGGCAUUCUACAGGGCGGUAUGGACGGAGUUUACCAGCUGUUUAUACCAGCUGAUAAAAGUAUUCCGAAAAUCAGGAUUGAAACUAGGCAAGCCGAAUUUUUGCGAACACAAAAACUUAUUGUCACUAUCGAUUCAUGGCCUAGACACUCCAGAUACCCACAUGGUCAUUUUGUAAGGGCUCUUGGCAAAAUUGGGGACCAGAAUACAGAAAACGAGGUAGUAUUGUUGGAACAUGAUGUUCCUCAUAGCCAGUUUUCUGAAGAAGUGCUUAGCUGUUUACCCAAGCUCCCUUGGAUUAUUACUGAAGAGGACGAGCAAAAACGAGUCGAUCUUCGACACAUCGACAUCUGCUCGGUGGACCCGCCCGGCUGCACUGACAUCGACGAUGCCCUCCAUUGCCGCCCCAUUGGCGAAGGGCGGCUGGAGGUGGGCGUCCACAUAGCCGACGUGUCGCACUUCAUCCGGCCAGGGACGGCUUUAGAUUUGGAGGCCGCCUCCAGGGCCACCACCGUCUAUUUGGUCAACAAGAGGAUCGAUAUGGUUCCCGAUCUCCUCAGCUCGAAUCUGUGUUCUUUGCGUGGCGGAGAGGAACGUUUCGCUUUCUCCUGUGUAUGGGAAAUGGACGAAAACGCCAAUAUAUUGAACACGAGGUUCCACAAGAGCAUCAUCCGGUCCAGGUCUGCGAUGACCUACGAAGAGGCUCAGAUGACCAUCGACGACAAAACCAAAACCGACUCCAUAGCAGAGUCCUUGAGGAGUCUCAACAAGUUGGCUAAAAUUUUGAAAAAAGGACGUCUCGAAAAAGGAGCUUUGGUUUUGGCCUCACCAGAGGUGAAAAUCCAAAUGGACUCGGAGACAAUGGAGCCUCUAGACGUGGAAGUCAAAAAACUCUUUGAAACCAACUCCAUGGUGGAGGAAUUCAUGUUGCUGGCUAACAUCAGCGUAGCGCAAAAAAUCCUGGAAGAUUUCCCGGAAUGUGCCAUGCUCAGAAGACAUCCCACACCACCUACUUCCAAUUUCGAUCCUCUGGUCAAAGCUGGAAGACAUCUUGGUUUCGACAUAAAAAUAGAGUCUGGCAAACAGCUGGCUAAAUCUCUGGAUGAUGCCGUGAAGCCUGACAAUCCCUACAUGAACACCAUGUUGCGUAUUUUGGCGACGCGCUGCAUGUUGCAGGCCGUCUACUUCGCUAGCGGAUCGCUACAGAAGGACGAGUACUUCCAUUACGGCCUGGCGGUACCUCUGUACACGCAUUUCACCUCGCCCAUACGGAGAUACGCAGACAUCAUCGUGCACAGGUUGUUGGCUGUGACCUGUGGAUCGGAUUGUACCUAUCCUGAUCUUCUGGACAAACAAAAAACUGGCAACUUGUGCCAGAACUUGAAUUACAGAAAUAGGAUGGCGCAGUAUGCCGGUAGGGCUUCUGUAGCAUUCAAUACUCAUCUAUUCUUCAAAGGAAAAUUGCAAGACGAAGAUGGUUACAUUCUCUAUGUUAGAAAAAAUGCUUUGCAAAUUUUGAUUCCCAAGUAUGGUUUGGAAUGUACUUUGUUUUUGGCUCAUAAAGGCGAAACUUCAAAUAUUUUUGAAUACAAUGAGGAGGAUCAGACCCAAAAAGCAGGGGAUGUUGUUUUGCACUCAUUUGAUCCUGUGAAAGUGAGAUUGAGUCUGAACUCUGACAAUAUUCAACACGAAAAAUUCGUUUUGCAACUGGUUUCUCCUUGCAUAUCAGGUUUUAGUGUCCCGCCUUUGAGUGAAAUCGAAAAAAUGGAAGUUGUUGAUGAUAAAAAGAGGAAGUCAGCUAAUGAUGGACACAAAAAGAAAAACAAGAAGAGGUCUUAGCUUUUAAUAUAAUGAUUACAGUGACAGUUUUUUUUUUAUUAAACUAUAACUUCUUUUUCAAUAAAGUGAAUUAAAUUC